AUGAGCCUAUUUCCACAAUUGCUGUUGGAGCAGGUGGCAGCAGUCCUGGAGGUUGGCGCUGAAGACCUGGAGCUUGGAUCCGGGUUUAUCAAGAAUGGAGGAAAUUCUCUCAAUGCUGUUGAACUGGUAACACGUUGCCGGCAGUAUGGGGUAUCGUUAUCCGUGGCCCAGGUUCUUUCGUGCAAUAACUUGAACGACCUAUUUGAACAAUUCAAACCGGGUUCUAAACCUGAUUACCAUCAAGUGAGAACGCCAUGCUUCUCUGACGAUAGCGAAGAUGAUUCACCAGCAUCACUGUCUUCCAUCGAGUCUUCCCCACGAGCUACGACCCCGGUUCCGGCAGUAGAGAUGUUAGCAGAGAAGGAAAAGGACAAUACUACCAACACUGCUCUGACAAUGCAAGAGCCGACCCUCGAUGAACAUGCCACGGAAGGUCUUAGUGAAAUGCAAGCCUCUCUCCUUCAUGGCUCUCUGAAGAACCCUGGGACCAAUAUAAUUUAUCACUAUGAAACGUUUCUUGCAAGCAUGAUCCCACAGAUGAAGGAAGCAUGGAAGUCAGUGAUAGAAGUGGAGCCAAUUUUUCAGAUACCAGCCAUGGGCGGUGAAUUGGAUAUUCCGGGUCAGGGCCAGUUUUCCUGGACAGAGGUCACAGUCAAUUCAGAAUUGGAGUAUCAGAAGCAUCUGCAAACCAUGGGCCUUCCCUCGUCGCUCUCAUCCUCAUUUAAAGUGGUUCACUUUCCAGGAAGAGACUCCGCAUCUAGCAAGAGCACAAUAAUUUGGGCGGUUCACCAUGCACUCAUUGAUGGUUACUCAGCCAUGCUUUUAUUCUGCAAAGUCCGCCGCAUUGUUGCAGGAUUAUCUGCCCGCCCAAGCCCUGGCCCAUCAUUCAAACAGGUUGAUAGACAAAUUGGACUAUGGCGUCAACAGCACAAGGAGGAAGGAGAUGCAUACUGGAGAAGACAAGCUCCCCAGCUUGAACAAUCACAAGGAGACUUGCUGCUUCCGGCGCCUCCAAGUCAAGGAGAUACUUCCUGUUCUGUUAUAGAGAGCGAAGAGAUUCAUGUCAUAAGUAAUAUCCCGGGAACACAACUGCAGGGGCUUGUCAGGAACCUGGGCAUCACACCAGCCGCAUUCUACUAUGCAGCAUGGGCAGUAGUCCUAAGCUGUUAUGCUGACUCGGACAGCGUCAUUUUUGGAGCGGUACUGGCGGGAAGAAACCUCCCGCUAGAAGGGGUUGAUGAAGUAAUAGGUCCGCUGGUCAACACAUUACCACUCUGUGUCAAGGUUGACCGAGAUUUAUCUGCCGAACAGUUCCUGAAGGCUGUGUUUGCCCAGAUAAUGGAGUUGGCCGAGUACCAAUGGACCACACCUGACAAUGGCUAUACCCGAAACUUCGCAACUGCAAUGGCCUUACAAGUACCAGAACCAGAAUGUCCAGGGGGAAUACUACCAAUAGAAGCUCCAUACACACGUCAGACGACAGAUGUACCGCUUAGCAUCAACGUGCAGCCAAAUGGCGGAGCAAGAUUUGUUUAUCACACCUCAAAAUAUAGCCGGCGGGAUAUAGGGGGUGUUGGACGUCACUACCAACGCGCAAUGCAGCUCCUUUUAAUACCACAUCGGUCUAUAAAAGAGUGUCUGCAAGGACUUCUGGGAUGCGCUGAUCUCGAGACACUGAUGAACUUUGGGAACUGCCACUCCACGCUCACAACCACUAUGGCAGUCCAAGAUGACCUGGUAACAUUAUUCGAGUCAGCAGCUUCCAAGAACCCUGAUGCAAUCGCCAUCCAGAAGGGUAGCCUCGAGAUGACAUAUGGGCAGUUUGAUGCACAGUCCAGCCGUGUAGCAAGCAUAUUGAGAGAAUAUUUAUCUCCAGGUGAUGUGGUUUGUGCCCAUGCAGACCGCUCCUCUAACUGGAUAGUUGGGAUGAUGGGAAUCCUAAAGGCAGGGGGUGUCUAUUGUGCAGUAGAUGGCGGACUUCCGCAGGAAGCUCGAGAUAUCAUAUUUUCAGCUUCCGGAGCGAACGUAUUCCUUAUUCCCUCAGAGACCAACAAGGGGGUCUGUCCGGCAGUCUGCAAAACCCUGCUUGUUACCGAUGAAUUGGUAACCAGGGACGAGGUUCCUCUACCUCAUCGUCGUUCACCUCAUCCAGAAGCUAAUGCCUAUCUAUGCUUCACCUCUGGCUCUACUGGAAGGCCUAAGGGAGUCAUGUGCAGCCAUGAGGGUCUUGUGGCAUUCCAACGGGAUCUGGAAGUGCGGCUAUUCGCACAACCAGGGCACCGCGUCGCUCAGAUAAUGUCGGUAGCUUUUGACGGCAGCAUUCAUGAAAUAUUCUCCACAAUUUGUUACGGCGCUACCCUCGUUUUGCAAAGCGGAGGGGACCCUUUUGCACAUCUCAGCGAUGUCGAUUCUGCCAUAUUGACCCCUUCAAUGGCGCGUGUCUUAAACCCUGCGCACUAUGAUCGAUUGAGUUCCGCUGUAUGUGAUCGGUGGUCCCAGGAGAAAGCGCUUUAUAACAUGUAUGGGCCAACUGAGGGCACAUGCGGCGCAACCAUAAAACGCUUGUAUCCUAGUCAAACGGUGACAAUUGGGCCACCAAACCCCUCAACACGGUUAUAUAUAAUGAAUCGGCAUCGUGAACUAGUCCCCCCUGGCGUGAUUGGCGAGAUAUACAUCGCUGGUGUGCAGGUUGCUCGCCAUUAUAUUGGAAUGCCUAAGGAGACUGAGGAACGAUUCAUUGCUGAUCCCAUACGCCGCAUUGGAGAACGAAUGUAUAAAACAGGAGAUCGAGGAUACUGGUCUAGCAAUGGCGAGGUUGUUUGCUUAGGCAGAAAUGACCGUCAGAUUAAACUCCGAGGAUUCCGUCUUGACUUGGACGAUCUGGAAACUCGGAUGGUUCGUGCCUCAUCGGAAGUGACAGCUGUGGCUGUGGCUAGGCAGGGCAACCACCUUGUUGCAGCUAUUCUUCCAUCCACAGCUGAUGUGAGUGCUUUUGCAGCGAGAAUAGCACAGGUUCUUCCUCCUUAUGCAAAUCCUCGCAAAAUAUUUGCCUUGAGAGAAUUUCCAACCACAAAGGCAGGCAAGCGGGACUACAUAGCCCUGGCGAAGAUGAGCCUUCAGGCUGCUACACCCACAGGACGGCCGUUACGAGGGUGCCUGGAGGAGUUAAUCGGCGAGGCAUUUCGUUACGUGCUCCGACUUGAGCCUCAGGUUUCACUCAACACACAUUCCAGCUUUCACGAGCUAGGAGGGCAUUCGCUUUUGCAGCUGCAGCUCAAAAUUCGCAUAAGUCAGGUUCUAGGCCAACAGAUCCCGCUCCGCCUAAUAGUGCAGCACGAUCGCAUUGAACAGCUAGCAGAGGCUAUCGAGAAAAAUGGCCCAGGGCUGCAGCUCCUCAGGCGCGACGAAAUGGUUCUUGGGGAAUCAAAGCUAUCUCCAAUGGAGUUAGAAUGGUGGCAUAAGUGCCAAGUGAACGAGUGUACAUCCAGUUUCAAUGUCAACUUUAUUGCUAAGAUGGAUAGCAAAGUCGUUAAUCGGGUGCGUCUAGCCGAUGCUUGCAACGAUGUGAUGGCUCGCCACCGGAUCCUGCGAUCGCGUUAUAUAUACUCUCGGGCAACAGGAUCCGCGGUACGACAGUAUAGCCCACUAGCUCCCCGAGUGCGGCUGGUUAACAGCACUAUCAACCCAUGGAUAGAGAUUAAUCGGCCAUUUGCAUUGGCAAGGACAGCUCCCAUUAGGGUUGUGAUUUCCAGGUCACAAUUUAUCUUAACCGUUAGCCAUAUAGUUGCCGAUUUGACAACACUUCAGACGUUGCUGAGAGAGAUAUCUCAAAGAUACCAUGGGGAGCCUCUCCUUCCGGUCUCAAUGACUUAUAUGACCACCACGACCUGGGGGAGUGUACCUAGUGACUGUGAUCUAACUUUCUGGUCAGAAACACUGAGCCAACUUCCACCGACAUCCCAUUUACUAGGACAUGAGGGACGUAGGCGCGGGUAUCGUGGAAAGUCCGUCUUCUGCGAAGUGCCUUCAGCGGCAUACCAAGGAAUGAAGAGCCUCAUCAGUCGGUCGUCCAUUACAGGUCAGCAGCUGGCAAUUGCCGCAGUCGCACUCUGCUUGGAAAGGCCUACUACGGCUCCUGCUGCCAUAAAUUCAACUGACAUGGUCUUGGGUAUUCCGUAUAUUAACAGGAAAUCGCGUGAUGAGCUAGAUGUGGUUGGACUCUUCUUGGAGCCAUUACCAAUCCGUAUCAGAUAUACGGCGGAUGAAAGUACCGACAAGGCAGAGCCAUACCUCAAAGCAGUACAACAAUCGGUGCAAGAGUCAGUGGGCCAUUCAAUUCACUGGGAUCAGCUGUUAGAGCAUCUUCAGGUGCGCACGUCAGCCCCAGAUCAUCCUCUGUUCGAGACCGUCGUUACGUUCCAUGGCCGGGACCAUUCGAAUGGGCUAGAAAUCUCCGCGCCAGGGUUUGAGACAUGUUACACCUUUACUGAUGGAGCCAAAUUCCGACUACUCUGUGAGUUCAGUGCUGUAUCAGAGGACAAACUGGUGUUGCGGAUGGAGUAUGACACGGACUGCUUUUCACUCGAUGAUAUACAUCUCUUGCAGACACGAAUCCCGCUUGCAAUCGCCCUUUUAGUCCAAGGAGUCCCUUAUCCAGUGAUCCGACAAAGGAUAGCCAGUUUGCGUGAUGCUCCUGUCGUCAAAGUCCUGCAACCAGACGUGGUGUUUGGGCUUCCGCUCUCCAGCAUCUAG